AUGACGCUCAAAGCGAGCGUGAACGUGGUCCUGGGAGGCCAUUGGGGCUCUGCAAAGCGACUGCUCCAGGCUGCGGAGCGAGGAGACGCCGCGACGGUCACCGAGUGGUCGCGCCUGGCCGCCGCGCUGCUGGACGGGCGAGACGGCGCGAGCCAGACGCCGCUGAUGGCGGCCUGCGCGCGCGGUCACGCGGGCGUGGCGGCCUACCUCCUCGCCGCCGGCGCCGACCCGACGCUGGUGGACUGGACCAACCUGCGCUCGGCGCUGCACCUGGCGGCGCUGGGGGGCCACGUGGGGCAGGCCAAGUUCCUGGACCUGCGCUCCUACGGCGGCCUCACCCCCCUGCACUGCGCCGUGGUGACGGGGAGCCUGGAAGCGGUGCGCGUGCUGCUGGCCGCCGGCGCGGCCAUCAUGGUGCGCACCGACGGCGAGGCCUUUGUCGGCUCCGAGUUCCUGGUCCCGGGGUCCACGCCCCUGCACAUGGCGGUGCUCAUGGGCCACGCAUCCAUCGUCCAUGCCCUGCUGCAGGCGCACCAGCAGUUCAUGGGGGCCAUGGGUCAGACCCUGGACGCGCGGGGGCGGCGCCCCUGGGAGGGCUCCUCCCGCUCCGACAUCCGCUCGGUGCGCAACAGCCUGCGGCGCCUGCCCUUCCACCUGGCACGCGAGCGCGGGCUGCCCGCGCUGCAGGCCCUGGUGGACCCCCGCGUGCCCAUCGACGUGGCGCUGGACGCGUCGCGCGACUCCAAGGCCGGCAUCGGCCCCAAGCGCCUGUCGACCCUCUGCGCCAUGUGCCUGCAGGCGGCCCUGGUCGACUGGUUGGACGCCUGCGCGGCGCAGGCGCACCAGCAGUUCAUGGGGGCCAUGGGUCAGACCCUGGACGCGCGGGGGCGGCGCCCCUGGGAGGGCUCCUCCCGCUCCGACAUCCGCUCGGUGCGCAACAGCCUGCGGCGCCUGCCCUUCCACCUGGCACGCGAGCGCGGGCUGCCCGCGCUGCAGGCCCUGGUGGACCCCCGCGUGCCCAUCGACGUGGCGCUGGACGCGUCGCGCGACUCCAAGGCCGGCAUCGGCCCCAAGCGCCUGUCGACCCUCUGCGCCAUGUGCCUGCAGGCGGCCCUGGUCGACUGGUUGGACGCCUGCGCGGCGCAGACGUCCCAGAGCGUGCUGACCAUGCUGAGCACGCUGCGCGAGCGCAUGCGCAGCACCAGCGACGAGCGCGUGUUUGCCGCACUGGGUGACGCGGCGGACAAGGGCCUGGAGGCCUCGCCCUCCGCCAGCCCAAAGGCCUCCACCGCGGAGCCGGAGGAGGCGGAGUGCGGCAUCUGCCUGGACGCGGGCGUGGAGGUGGCCUUCUCCGGCUGCGAGCACGCGCUGUGCCUGUCCUGCGCGCGCCACCUGACCCAGGCGGGCAAGCGCCCGCCGCACUGCCCCUUCUGCCGGCGCAUGGUGGUGGGGUUCACGCGCGUGCCGGCCGCACCGGGGGCCGCGCGCGUGCCGCGGAGCGGGUGA